CUUUUUCUUAUGGACCGUACCAGCAGCCCAAAAGCUACACAAAUAAGAAAAGAAAAAGAAGCCAGGAAGUUAAGAGCAAGAAGAAUUCGGCUGGAGCAAGUGCAGAAGUUUUCAAGGUCUAAACGGCUCCACAAAUUGCGGCAAAGAGGACUCCUACUCUCAAACGGCAGCGAGAUCUCCGGAGUUUAAGUGAGUGAAACGGCUGUAAUCCUUCCCUUUAAAAACACGCAGCAACAAGGGUUUUGGGGAGGACGAUUUUUGGAGUAAAGGGCGGACAGCUAAUUGCCGAAAGAGUGGAGAAUUGGGCUUGCGUUUGGAAGAGAGGUGAUCUCCUGAUUUCAGUCUCCGCAGCGGCUUUAAGGAGGACGCAUAAUUCUCCGAACUUGUCUGUUAGAAGCAAAGGACAUCACCAGGCUUUCUUCCUUGUGAAAGUUAGCAAUUUAGUUCAGAAAACUUAUCUCUAGAAAACAACUCUGGUUUGACAAAUUCUUUCUGUUCUGGAAUUCCACUUCUUCAUUUUAUCAUAUGUGCCUUACUUUAAUAAAUUGAGUAUUCACGGUAAUCAAUUGCUGAUCAUUAAGUUGAUCAAGAUGAAUUCUUUAGUUAUUGUUGUUUCACUCUCAGCCAGUUUUAAUAUGAGUAGCUAAAUUUCUAAGUCCAGGAGUAUGAUGAAGUUGCUAUGAUUUAGUAUGAAUUGUGAUCCUAGUUAGGCCAAUUGAUUGAGUUUUAUCCAUUAUUCUUAUUCGCUUAAUUGAUUAUGUUAAUUUCUGGCCAACUUUAGUAUAAUUAAUUAAGUUGUAUGAGUGGAUUAAUAGAGUACAUGCCAUGCCUAUUAUUCCGAGCUCUUUUGGAUAAAAGAAUAGAUAACUUGACUGUCUUGUUAAGUUAUCUAUUUGGUUGUUAAAUCGGGUUUCCGUAGUUCUUUUGUGAUAAAUGGAUUUUAACUAUUGAAUUAAUUAUUUCCUGUUGAUUAAUAGUUAAAGUACGUGACUUAUUCCGGACGCCAUACGGAAUAGUCAUAUUUCUGUCUAGAACGAACCCCUCAAUUUUAAUUGACUAACUAAAUUACAAAUACUAAAAAGUAGUGACUGAUUCAUAAUCCUGGACUAUCUCUUCUCUUGCUAAAUUCUCAACCAAUUUCCGUUAGUUGUUUAAUUACUUUAUAUUCAUUCAUUUAAAUUCCUUGCAUCCAUUUUAAUUCAAGCUUUACUUUUCAGUUUCAAAUCAAACAAAUUCAAAAUUCAUUUUUUUAGUUAGAUUAAUUUCACUUUUAUUUUUAUUAAUUAAUAGUUUUCCAAUUACUUAGUUGCAUUUUCCCCGUGGAUUCGACCCUUACUUGAGCACUGUACUACCGCGACUCGUGCACUUGCGAGGACUAUUAAAUUGUCUAUCAGUUCGGUUCUUAUGUAGAAAAUCAAGAACCGUUAUGGAACCGAACCGAUACUAAAGAGUUCGGUUCAACUUUUAUCGGUUUCUCGGAUUAUUUUUUCUCACCUAAUGAAUCGGCAAAUUAGAUGCUUUCUACCACAUAAAAAUGAAAAAAAUUCAAAACGCAAGUAUUAAAAUCUCAACAUAAGUUCUAAUCACUUCAAACAUCAAAUCUUAAACUUAAUUAAUAGAGUGAACACUUGAUAGAAUACAAUGAGAUUUGAAUUUUCAUUUGAAAAGUAGAACACAAAAAUCAUGGUUAUGCGGUAACGAUGAAGGUUCAUCAUCACAUUAGCAAGAGAGGGCGUCCACUUCAAGUCUUUCAAAACUUAAAAAAUACAUUGAGUUUGUAUAUCUAAAAACCUAUUAGCAUCAAUGAGGGUUAUUGCCCUUUUGGGAAUAAAAUUUUUGUUGGUGUAACUCCUAAGCAAAAUGUAGUUGUGCAGCAUGUUUCAGCUGUUGUACUAAUUUUUAUGAUAUCCCUUCGUUGUCUAUUUCCGUUAUGAUUAAAACUUUGACGGCGUCUAUGUAGCCUGUUUAUUAUACUCCAUUAUACUCCGUAAUAAAAACAUCUGUACUCAGUAGCCCUAAUUAAGUUCUCAGCCUUCCCUUUCUUUCCCGUUAAAAGACUACGCAAGUACGCAUGACUCCGUAUUUAACUAUCGUUCUCCACAAAGGGUUUUCCAUUCAGUCUUUUUCCCGGUGUGUUCAUCCAUUCAUUUCGUAAAUCUGGUAAAUUUGACUAUUGUGGAAAUUUGAUGAUACGCUUUUAGUUUUCUGUUACCUACAGCUAUGAUAAUUUCUAAAAUUGUGCGCAUAGUUAGUGGUCUACAGAUUGAACCUAGGAGCGGCUAUGAUUGCUGGGUCCAGGGAUAUUGGAGUCAAGUGUUAUGCAUUAGACAUGUAUUUUCAAGGAUACACACACAUGGAAUGUGUCAAACGCUGCUCAACCAAAAAAGGGUCUCUGGAGCACAAGAGGAUCAUGAAUUAGAGUUGGAGGACAAUUGGGGACCCCCUGCAAGGGGUGAUUUGGGGUGCGACUUAUUUAACCUGAAGAUAGUUGAGUUGAUUGGCUUGGCAGAUGCAAAUCUUGGCGGUGAACCAUUGCUUACAUUGCCACGUGUAAUUCUUGAGAGGGCAACAACCUUAUAAAAGUUGUUAAUUCUAGUAACUACUGAAACUACAGACGAAUUUGUCAACAAUAGACCAAAAUAGACCAUAUUAGCCAAUUUGGCGGUGAACCAUUUUUGGCUCUCAACAGUGAUGAUUGCCCGCCUGUAAAUACUUGCCAACUGCUGUUGAAAGAUUUUGACUUUCUUCACACCAUUUUGUACCAAGGUCAUGUGGGAUGGUUCCCAAAAUGAUCCCAUUCAAUUUGGGAUCCAAAAUACCUACCAAUACUUCCAAAAUGAAAAGAUGGACCAUAUUGUUUUAUCUUUGUCAUGAGAUGUCUUUUUUUGUACUCACUAUAAUUUAUGUAGGUCAAGUCAACUUCAUACAUCAUAUUAUUGAUCCCCAAUAUGUGUGGGGUCAUCCCAAUAAUUUACAUGAUGAAUAUUAUAGAAGGGAAAAUCCUACUCCCAUUAUUUAGCUCAAUAAUGUCAAGGAUGGGGUCAUAGGCAUUUGUAUUCUUCUCUAACCAUCCUAUUACUUAUUUGUGACUUUUGUAUUUAUGUUCAUGGAAUACAAUCCGUGUGGGUCACCCUCGAGUGGGCCUCGGACGCCCUUCUUGAAUACUUACUAUUUUU